AUGUUUAUGCUCCGUAACGUGAGCAAAUUCAUUUUCGGUGAUACCUCGAAGGAAUCCAUUAUCGAAAUCCCCCAGGGCCAGCUGUACUUGGUUCGACCCCUGUCGCCUAAAGGCUACUCCGAACUCAUCUUCAAAGACGCCGCAGCUACUAUCCGACGUACCGGCCAGGACUUCCAGUAUCAGCUUGUGGUUCAGAGAGCCUACGAGGAAGGAGAGGAGGAGCUUGCUGAUGACGAAGACGAGCAGGGUGCGGCCGACAGCUUAGACAAGGACGAAAAGGUUUUCCUGCUCGACCAGACUCUUCACUUCCGCUCCGAGGUUCGUGACGGAGCCAACAAGGUUUUGGCUUGGGAUGAUCUGAGCGGUGACGAAGGUGAUCUUUACGAGUUCAUCUGUGAUCCAUCGGUCCCAUCCGACAAAGUUGCCACCUUUGAGUUGGCUGCCCUGCAGUGUCAAUACGAGCGCAAGUAUCGCUCCAGCGCCCAAAAGGCUAGUGAGCAGGAUUUACAGGAGUUUUCCUACCAAGAGGAGAAGCCCAUCCCCUCUGCCAGUCCUAUCACUUCACCCACUUCCCAUUCUCGUGACCAUUCUUUGACCGCCGAAGAGACCGCCGCAGAGAUGGCCAAGGACGUGAAAUAUGCCCAGUCCAAGGGUCGGGCCAAGCCCACUAGUACUGAUGAUGAAGUGACAUCAGCACCCCCUUCCGCCGCUCAGCCCGAUGCGAAAGAAGUUCUCACACAGGAGAUUGCCGAACUCCAUCUGUUUGACUUCUCUACCGGAACUUUCGUACUACAGGAAACCGACGUCACUGCUGCUGUGACAGAAAUUGGAAACUGGCAAUAUUGGUUGCAAAUCACCGGCGAAGAGAAGGAAUGGCUUGGUCAGGCCGUUGUAGGAGACAUCAAUCCGGUCUUCAACUUCGAAUACCUUUCUUUCAUCUUCAACCACUACGCCGAGGACGGUUCCGCAUACUCGUGGCUUCUUCGAUUCAAGAACCAGCCUUCAGAGGAGCGCUUCCAAGAGGGUCUUAUGCAGGCUCUAUGGGAACAACUCAAUGAGAUGAAGUGGACCAAGGUCAAGGAGAAUGACCGUGAAUACGUGCUUGAUGCUUUCCAAGAUCUCACUAUGGAGGACACCGAAGACCAGCCAGAAGAGGAGGAAGAGGAGGAGGAAGAAGAGGAAACCGACGCAGAUGAUGGCCAGCGCAGUGAACACUAUGACAGUGAUGAAGAGGAGGAGGAUGUCGUCACCCGCGAUGAGGAUGGAAAUGUGAAUUCUCAACUGGCGGUCGGCUACAAGCAUGAUCGCUCGUUCGUGGUUCGCGGUUCCAAAAUCGGUGUUUUCAAGCACACAGACAACAACAACCUCGAGUUCUCAACCACCAUCUCAAAGGUGGCAACUCCUGGUGGAAAGCUGUUUAGCCCUAAGAAGGUCAUGCUCCAUGCAGAGGAUUCGAACAUGAUCCUGCAGAAUGGCGACGACCCCAACUCUCUCUUCCGUAUGGAUCUGGAGUAUGGUAAGGUUGUCGACGAGUGGAAGGUUCAUGACGACAUUCCGGUCGAAACUUUCGCCCCUGAGAACAAAUUCUCCCAAAUGAGCGCCGCUCAACCCUUUGUCGGUGCUUCCAAGAACGCUCUCUACCGCAUUGACCCUCGUCUUGCUGGCAACAAGCUUGUCGAUUCCGACUUGAAGCAGUACGCUAGCAAGAACGACUUUUCGGCAAUGGCCACCACUGAAAAGGGAUAUCUGGCUGUCGCAUCUAACAAGGGUGACAUUCGCAUGUUCGAUCGCUUGGGCAUCAACGCCAAGACCCAUAUCCCAGCUCUUGGUGAACCCAUCAUUGGUCUUGAUGUGUCGGCCGAUGGACGCUGGGUGCUUGCUACAUGCAAGACAUACCUUCUCUUGAUUGACUCCUUGCAGAAGGAGGGCAAGAACGAGGGUAAGCUUGGUUUCGAGAAGGCUUUUGCCAAAGAUUCCAAGCCCCAACCCCGUCGCCUGGGCUUGCAGCCUGCGCACGUCGCCCAAUUCCAGCACGAGACCAAACAGCCCCUUGCAUUCACACCUGCCCGCUUCAACACUGGUGUUGACAAGCAAGAGACUUCCAUCAUUACCGCUACCGGUCCCUUCAUCAUCACCUGGUCCCUGAAGAAGGUCACCGCCGGUCGUAAGGACCCCUACACCAUCAAGCGUUACGCCGAAGAUGUUAUGGCCGAUAACUUCCGGUUCGAUUCAGACAAGAAUGUCAUUGUCGCUCUUCCUAACGAGGUCAAUAUGGUUGCCAAGCGCAGCUUCCAGAAGGUCACUCGUGAGAGUAUUGCGGGUCCAGUUACUCCCCAACGUGCUCGAGGCGGCAGAUUCAGUAGCCACCUCGGUCGCAACGAUAUUGUGAACUCCCCUUAUUAG